CUCCCCCCCCCCAACCUACGCCAUGUACGAGCCACACCUCGUAGACUUUGCAAACCAGCACAGCCAUGAUAACGAGGGCAUGUCCCUCCUCGAAGAACUCGACAAGAUUGCGCCUAUAAAGCGCUUUGAUGCCUUUCCAAAGGUCGAGUCUACGUAUACGAUAAAAUCUAGAAGAGGCGGUGUCCUCACAGCACUGGUUGGACUGAUCAUAUUCCUGCUUGUUCUUAACGAUUUGGGCGAGUAUCUGUACGGCGCCCCGGAUUACGCUUUCCAAGUGGAUUCGGAGGUACAAAAAGACCUUCAGCUGAAUGUGGAUCUGACUGUGGCCAUGCCAUGUCGCUACCUUACGAUCGAUCUGCGUGAUGCUGUUGGAGAUCGAUUACACUUGAGCAACUCUUUCGCAAAAGAUGGGACCCACUUUAACGUCGGAACAGCCACUUUUAUAAAAAACAACCCUUCUUCAACGACGCCCUCUGCCUCUGAAAUCAUCUCCUCCUCUCGCCGCCGGACACCCAACCAACAAUCCUCAUUCUCGGGUAUCAAGCGUCUCUUCGGCCUUGACUCUUCCGCCUCGUCCAACCGCCGCACGUCCCAGGGACACACUGCCUACCGACCAACGUACGACAAGGUUCAAGAUGGGCCCGCAUGUAGGAUUUACGGGAGUGUAGAGGUGAAAAAGGUGACUGCAAACUUGCACAUCACAACGCUCGGUCAUGGGUAUAUGAGCUUUCAGCAUACCGAUCAUCAUCUGAUGAACCUUUCACACGUCGUGCACGAGUUUUCAUUCGGUCCCUUCUUCCCCGCCAUCGCCCAACCUCUUGAUCAAAGCUACGAAAUAACAGAACAGCCGUUCACCAUUUUCCAAUACUUUCUCCGCGUCGUGCCCACCACCUACAUCGACGCCAGCCGCCGGAAACUGAUCACCUCUCAAUACGCCGUCACGGACUAUUCUCGAUCGUUUGAGCAUGGCAAAGGCGUACCCGGCUUGUUCUUCAAGUAUGACCUCGAGCCCAUGUCGGUCAUCAUCCGCGAACGAACGACGUCGUUGUACCAGUUCCUCAUCAGGCUAGCCGGUGUAGUCGGCGGAGUAUGGACGGUGGCCGCGUUUGCGCUCCGGGUGUUUAACCGAGCACAGAAACACGUUUCAAAAGCUGUCAUGGGCGAGAAAGAGUAUAUCCCGUCUUCGUUCCAUACACCGUCUCCGGCUAUCAAGCAGGACCAAUCGGGGUAUUUCGGGAAUGAUCCCUCGGCGACGCUGGUGUCAAGAGCAACAAGCUGGGUAUCGGGAAACAGUCCCGGUGGGGGACGAUCUGGGUGAAAAACUAAAAAUUGAUUAUCUAUAGAUAGUUUAUCAUGUAUAUAUGCAUAAGUAAAAAAAAA